CUUAGAAAAGCUUGUUCGAACAUUGCAGAAAGAAAGCGGAGUGAGCAACAGUUCGCGACCUUUCUGCUCGUGAGCUCUCGCAUUGUUGAGGGGCACCGGAGGAUAUUCCACCGAGGAUUCCGUCCACACAAACACUCCACGAAGCUUUGAACAUCAUGCCAGACGGCCAUCGGCUCGUGCUUCCGGACGGCCUCUUGUUGCCGUUGCGAUAGUGUUUGGAGUGCUUUUAACGCCGUACAAUCCACUGAGAAGACGGAAGUACUUCGAUACAGAAAUCGCCAAAAUGAAGUUCCGCGAUGGCAUGUGGCUCACGAACGACGCCUUCACCGUUCAAUACGCCGAAGAAGUCUACACCGUUACACCGCGCGAAGACAGCAAAGCCAUCUCGCUUCUCUGCCCAACGCGCAAGAUCUUCUCACGCGGCGACACGCUCAACCUCGCGACCCUAUCCGUCGAAUUAGAAGCCCAAUUCGAUGGCGUCAUUUCUGUUGAAGUCACACAUUUCUCCGGGGCGAGGCGCUUGGGACCGAAUUUCGAGCUGUUUCCGGAUGGGAAGCCGGAGGCGAAGGCGGAGGUGAAGAAGAGUGAGAAGGGGACGACGAUUUCGUCGGGCGGCCUGAGUGCGACUGUCAGUGGCGAUGAGCAUGCAUUCGACAUCAAAUUCCACGCAACGGAUGGUUCGAAAACACUGACUUCCCUAUUGAAUAGGAGCGUGGGGCUAGCGUACUCCCCUAGCCUCUCGACUCCUAAGCAGGUCGAGGACCUCAGCGACCGGAAGCACUAUGUAUUCACGCAGACCGAGCUAUCCGUGGGCGAGUCCAUCCACGGGCUCGGGGAACGCUUCGGAGCGUGGAAUAAAGUGGGCCAGAACGUUGAGGUAUGGAACGAGGAUGGUGGGACGUCGAGCGAGCAGGCGUACAAGAACACCUCUUUCUGGCUGAGCUCGCGAGGAUACGGAGUUUUCAUUGACACACCAGACAAGAUCGACCUGGAAAUUGGGAGCGAGCGGUGCUGCAGGGUACAGACGACGGUUGAAGCACAGCGUCUGAAAUGGUACAUUAUUUACGGCCCGACGCCCAAGGAAGUCCUCACUAAGUAUUCGGUCCUGACUGGCAAGCCCGGCGUGCCUCCAGCGUGGUCCUACGGCUUGUGGCUUUCGACAUCCUUCACUACUUCGUACGAUGAAAAAACCGUCACACACUUCGUCGAGACCAUGCGCUCCUCCCGCAUUCCGGUCGAGGUCUUCCACUUCGACUGCUUCUGGCUGCGCGCCUUCCACUGGACAGACUUUGUCUGGGAUCCCGAAUUCUUCCCCGACCCGCAAGGCCAGAUCAAGCGCAUGAAGGAAGCCGGUCUCGUCAACAAAGUCUCCGUCUGGACGAACCCCUACGUGGGGCAAGCAUCUCCCGUCUUCGCAUACGCCGCUAAGAAAGGCUAUCUGCUCAAGAAGACCAACGGCGACGUGUGGCAGUGGGAUCUCUGGCAGACAGGCAUGGGCAUCGUCGACUUCACGAACCCGGAGGCCUGCACGUGGUUCGCAGGCUGCAUGGAGAAGCUAUUCGAUAUGGGCGUCGAUGCGAUAAAGACGGACUUUGGAGAGCGCAUCCCGACGAAGAAUGUGGUGUGGCAUGAUAAGAGCGUGGAUCCGAGUCGCAUGCACAACUACUACGCUUUCAUCUACAACAAGCUGGUCUACGAGGCGCUUCAGAAGCGAUAUGGAAAGAACGAGGCGGUGCUCUUCGCGCGCACGGCAUGCGCAGGGACGCAGCGCUUCCCGCUCCAAUGGGGCGGCGACUGCGAGUCAACGCCCGCUGCACUCGCGGAAUCGCUUCGCGGCGGCUUGAGUUUGGGUCUUGCAUCCUUCGCAUCCUGGACAAGCGAUAUCGGUGGUUUCGAAGGCAGCCCACCGCCGUGGAUCUACAAGCGCUGGGUGGCCUUCGGGCUGCUGUGCACGCACAGCCGUCUCCACGGGUCGAACUCGUACCGCGUCCCAUGGCUCGUCGAUGACUCGUCUACCGAGCCGGAAAACUGCACGGAUGUGCUGCGACACUGGGUCCAACUCAAGCGGCAGCUGAUGCCGUACCUGUACGCGCAAGCUAUGGAGAGCAUUGCGCAUGGAUGGCCAACGAGCACGCGCGCCGUAGCGCUCGAAUUUCCAGAUGAUCCGACUGCAUGGUACCUCGACCGCGAGUUCAUGAUUGGAUCGCAACUCCUCGCAGCGCCGGUCUUCGAGGAGGACGGCUCGACCGAGGUGUACCUGCCGCCGGGUAAGUGGUUCAAUUUCUGGGACGGGAAGGAGGUCAGUGGAGGAAGAUGGGUGAAGGAGAAGUAUGGCUUUUGUCAGUGUCCGAUGUAUGUGCGGAAAGGGACGGUGCUGGUCGUCGGACAGACAGAGGGCGAAGGUGGAUUUGGAUAUGAUUGGUUGAACGCUGGUGGAGUGGUAAGGCUCUAUGGGACUAAGGAAGGUGAUAAGACGGUUUUGGUGGACACGAAAGGUGAGGAGAAAGGCUUGCUGGAAGUGUCGCGAGAUGGAGAGGUCAAGGGUUUAGAUCUCCUAGGCGGCGAGUGGAAGGUUGAGAGAUGGGGUGAGUGAAGGCGUAGAACUAUCAUCUCCGCUCGGUUUAAUUGGAUCGCUUUCUUCUAUUUCGAGACUCUAAAUGGCGGACCCUUUUAGAUUAAAAAGAAAAAUACAUGCAAGGGUGAUCCAACACGUUAGUCAAAGCCCAAGCUUCGG